GCGAUAAUAAGGAAGAAAGAAAGGUCGGAUCGCCCGUGCGCUGCUACUCGCCGUGGCAUCCCCGCUCCCUCUCUGCGCCGACCGUUCUUGGCCGCGCGCGUCGCUUACUAUUCCGGUAUAUGCUUGUGGCUGUGGAGAGCUGCUGAGCGGUGCAUCUUCUCUCGGCGCUUUCAUCCCGGUCCACCCACCUGCGCGUGCGAGUACGCCCUACGCCGCCCGUCGUCUGCGCAGCAAGCCGCCGCUUAUAGCUAGCUCCCCGGCAUCCUCCUGUACACUACCCGGUCCGUCCAACUCCAUGAUCCGCCAUGGCAGCGGCUCUUCUCCUCGUGCUCGUGUUCGCGGCCCUCUGUCUCUGUGUCGGCGGCGCCGGUUCCACGGACACCGUCUCGGCUGGCCGACCGCUCGCUGGCGGUGACGCCAGGCUCGUCUCCAACAACCGCAAGUUUGCGCUCGGCUUCUUCCAAUCCCAGCAGGCCAGCGAGGAGUUCGGCGGCUCCAAGUGGUACCUCGGGAUAUGGUUCAGCGCUGUCCCCGACCUGACAACCGUAUGGGUAGCCAACGGCGCCAACCCGAUCUUGGACGGCGCCUCGCCGGAGCUCGCCAUCUCCGCUGACGGCGACCUCGCCGUCUUCAACCGCGCCAACGCAACCAUCACCUGGUCUACCAAAUCAGCCAAUGGAAGUGGAAGUACGGCCAACGACACGUCGGCCGUGCUGCUGAACAGCGGCAACCUCGUCCUGCUCGACGCCUCGAACCACUCCGGUCAACCCCGUAUACUGUGGCAGAGCUUCGACCACCCCACCGACACUCUGCUCCCCAGCGCGAAGCUCGGCCGCGACAAGCUCACCGGCCUGAACCGCCGCCUCGUCUCAAACAAGACCCCGGCCGGCCCGCCGUCACCCGGAGCCUACUGCUACGAGGUGGACUCGGCCACUCCCCAGCUCGUCCUCAAGCUCUGCGACUCCUCCGCCACCUACUGGGCCACCGGCUCAUGGAACGGCAAGUACUUCGCCGCCAUCCCGGAGCUGUCGGGCAACGUCCCGACGUUUCAGCUCGCCUUCGUGGACAACGGCCGGGAGGAGUACCUCCAGUACAACGUGACGGAUGAGGCCGUCGUGACGCGCAACAUCAUCGACGCAGCCGGCCAGAACAAGCACCAGGUCUGGCUCGACGCCUCGCGGGGCUGGCUCACGCUCUACGCCACGCCCAAGGGGCAGUGCGACGUGUACGGGGUCUGCGGGCCGAACACGGUCUGCGCCUACAGCCUGCGUCCGCUGUGCAGCUGCAUGAAGGGCUUCUCCGUGUGGUCGCCGGAGGACUGGGCGCAAGGUGACCGGUCAGGCGGAUGUGUCAGAAACAAUCAAACCCAGAUCACAUCUACAAUCGACGUCAUGUCUUCCUCAGCUGGCGUCGCCCUGAACCUCGGUUCACCUCCAUCAGAAAAACUUGCGAGAGGAAACUUCAUCCUCUGGAAGACGCAAGUUCUCCCAGCCCUGCGAGGAGCGCAGGUUACUGGACUCCUGGACAACUCCGACGCCGCUCCACCCAAAACGGUGGAAGUCACCAAGGCGGACAAAACCACGGCCCAAGAGCCGAAUCCUCUCUAUGGAUCAUGGAUCGCCAAAGAUCAACAGGUUCUGUCAUACCUACUCAAUUCCAUGUCUCUUGAGAUCCUUGCACAGGUCGUUGGGAAGGACUCCACCUUUGAUCUCUGGACAACAAUCAACAAUCUCUUUGCUUCACAAUCGCAAUCUCGGAUCACCAACCUGAGAAUUGCGAUCACCAACACCAAGAAGGGUAUCAUGUCUAGCUCAGCGUACAUGGCCAAGAUGAAGAGCCUUGGGGACGAACUAGCUGCUGUCGGUCGCCCCGUUUCUGAUCUAGAGAUGGUGGACUACAUACUUGCUGGUCUGGACCGCGACUACGACUCCAUGGUAGCGGCAAUCGGAGCUGUCAAAAACAACAUCACCGCCGAUGAUCUAUUUGCCCAGAUCUCUGCCUUUGAUCAAAGGAUGGAGAUGUUGGGCGACUCGCCCUCAGGAGGGUUUCAUACUUCUGCCAAUGCGGUCUACAGAGGCCGUGGCUCGUCCCGUGGCAGAUCCAAUCGCGGGCGAGGAGGAAGGGGCGUGGCCGUAGCAAUGACCGCGGUGAUCGCCAGUCCUCUCCCUCCAAUGGUGGUUUCAGAGGACGCCCUCGACAACAGCAACAACAACAGGUGCGUGAUCAGCAACACGACUUCCCAGAGUGUCAGAUCUGCCUCAAGCAUCAUCCAGGGGGUGCACGUGUUUGCUGGUGGCGAUAUGAAGAGAAUGAUCAAGAAGAAAAGGAGGCGCAUGCAGUCUCCUAUGGUGUUGACACGAAUUGGUAUGCCGACAGUGCAACAACCAAUCAUAUCACAGGUUCCUGGUGAAAACGGUGCUCAAAACGGUGCUCAAAAUGAUCAAAACGAUCUUAUAUUUCAUGCGGCAGAAGAAGAGGAGCCUGGCACAGAUCAUGAGGAGGAUUCGGCGGCGCCUGGCACACCUGCACGGGCGCCGUCGCUGGAGCGCGUGGGAGAAUCCGCCUCGGAUCACGCUCCCACCAGCGGCAGUUCCAGCACCCGGGCCAGCCAACCCCGCGGCUCCACGUCAUUGGCAGGUGGGGACAGGAGCGGGACAGGAUCUCCCUCGCCUCGCGUGCGCACCCAGUCGCGGUCGGGGGGUGGAUCCUUUGUGCCGCUCCGCGCCGCUGCUCCCAGAGAGCCAACAAGUGUUAGCAGUGCACUUGGUGAUCCCAAAUGGAAGAAGGCAAUGGAUGAAGAAUACUCUGCGCUUAUGAAAAAUAAAACCUGGCAUCUUGUACCAAAUCAGAAAGGUAAAAAUAUAAUUGACUGCAAAUGGGUAUAUAGAGUUAAAAAGAAGGCAGAUGGCUCCAUUGAUAGGUAUAAGGCACGUUUGGUUGCAAAAGGUUUCAAACAACGUUAUGGUAUUGAUUAUGAGGAUACUUUUAGUCCUGUUGUGAAAGCUGCAACUAUCAGACUUGUGCUGGCCAUUGAUGUGUCCAGAGGAUGGAGCCUAAGACAGCUAGAUGUACAGAACGCGUUUUUGCAUGGUGUUCUGGAAGAGGAAGUGUUCACGAGACAGCCACCUGGGUAUGAGAGUAAGAAACUUCCACACUUUGUUUGCAAACUUGAUAAAGCACUUUAUGGUUUGAAACAAGCACCUAGAGCAUGGUAUUCUAGACUGAGUUUGCAACUGAAAUCUCUUGGCUUUAUUGCUUCAAAGGCUGACACAUCCUCGUUUAUUUAUAACAAGGCAGGAGUGGUUAUUUUCUUGCUUAUAUAUGUUGAUGAUAUUAUAGUUGCAAGUUCUUCACAAAAUGCCAUCAAUGCUCUUCUCCAUGAUCUAAGCUCAGAAUUUGCUUUAAAAGAUCUAGGUGAUUUGCAUUUCUUCCUAGGAAUUGAAGUCAGAAAAACUCAAGAUGGAAUUAUGUUAAAUCAGGAGAGAUAUAUCACUGAACUUCUGUCUCGAAUGGGGAUGAAAGAUUGCAAGCCAGUACCUACACCUUUGUCCUCUUCAGAAAAACUUUCAGCAUAUGAAGGAAAUCCACUUCAAGAGGAAGACGGUACAAGUGCUCUCCGGCGUGGCAACACGAGUGUGACAGCGUCAGGAUCCGGUGACAAGUUUUUCUCCAUGACUGAUGUUAGCUUGCCUGACAAAGCUCAGAGGAUCCAAGCUGCUGAAAGCAUGGCGGAAUGCUCGGAGGCUUGUCUGUCCAACUGCUCUUGCUUUGCUUACGCAUAUGCCGGGCAGGGAUGCCUUGUCUGGACAGACAGAUUGCUCAACGCGAAAUUGGGGCAGAGCAAUGGUGGAACUACUGCUGCCUCUGAUGGAGAAACUCUGUAUCUUCGUCUUGCUGCCAGUGAGAUGACGAGAAGUGCAAGAAGCAACCGAAGAAGAAGAGCGAUCAUUGGGGUCGCCAUUGCUGCAGGCACUGCUGCUGCUGCAGCUGUGCUCGUCAUGGUAGCACUGAUGAUGCGGAGGAGCAGAACCAACAACGUCGUUCAGGAUGGUGGGCUUGUGGCGUUCAGAUACAGAGAUUUGCGCUCGGCGACCAAGAAUUUCUCGGAAAAAAUAGGCGAAGGCGGCUUCGGCUCCGUCUUCAAGGGACAACUGCGCGACACUGACAUCGCCGUGAAGAGGCUCGACGGCAGCUUCCAAGGCGAGAAGCAGUUCAGGGCGGGGGUGAGCUCGAUCGGGGUCGUCCGGCACGUCAACCUGGUGAAGCUGAUCGGCUUCUGCUGCGACGGCGACGGCAGGUUCCUCGUCUACGAGCACAUGCCGAACCGCUCCCUCAACAUCCACCUGUUCGGCCAGAGCGACGGCGGCGGCGGCGUGUUCUUGGACUGGAGCACCCGGUACCAGAUCGCCGUGGGAGUCGCCAGAGGCCUGGCGUAUCUGCACGAGGGCUGCCGGGACCGCAUCAUCCACUGCGAUGUGAAGCCGCAGAACAUCCUCCUGGACGUGUCGCUCCGCCCCAAGAUCGCCGACUUCGGCAUGGCCAAGUUCGUCGGGAGGGACUUCAGCCGCGCCCUGACCACGAUGAGGGGAACCAUGGGGUACCUCGAGCCGGAGUGGAUCAGCGGGACGCCCAUCACGCCGAAGGUGGACGUGUACAGCUACGGCAUGGUGCUGCUGGAGCUGGUCUCCGGGAGGAGGAACUCGAGCGGAGGGUCGUGGACGUGGACGACGCACGCCGACGACGACCAGGUGGUGGACUACUUCCCCGUGCGGGCGUCGAGGAAGCUCGCGGCGGGCGAAGUGAGGAGCUUGCUGGACGAGAGUCUGUGCGGCGAGGCGGAGCUGAAGGAGGUGGAGAGAGCCUGCAAGGUCGCUUGCUGGUGCAUCCAGGAAGACGAGGCGGUCCGGCCGGCGAUGGGGCAGGUGGUGCAGAUCCUUGAGGGCGUGCUCGACCGCGAAAUGCCCCCGUUGCCAAGGUUGCUCGAGGCCAUCUUCGCCGGGAGGCCGCGCUCCGUCGACACGUCCAUUUUCUGA